AUGUUCGAUACUGUGGAAAAAUUGGAUUCUAUUCAAUCAUCAAAGACUAAUAGAGAUGUAAAUUUAAUUAGUUUACUAUACGAAAAGAAAAAAGAACAGCUACACAUGUUUGAUUUAGUAGUAGAAUGUGCAUACUCUUUAGAUAAUAUGGAGGCAUUGGAGAAUUUCCUAUCAAUGAAUGUACCAACAUUUUUACCAAACUACACAAAUAAUAAUAAAAGUUUUUCAAUAUCAUCAAUUAAAUCAUUAGAAUUACUAUUAAAAUAUCGAGUAAAUAUCAUAGAGCCUUAUAAUAUCAAUAUCAAUAAUAACAAUAACAAUAAUAACACAACAGCAGCUUCAUCAUCAUCAUCAUCAUCACCAUCAUCAUUCAGUUUAGACAAUAUUAAUAGUAAUAGUUAUACAACAACAGUAGCAUUGGCAUUCAGUUUAAAAAAUAGUUAUAGUAAUAGUAAUAACACAACAAUAACAGAACCUACAACAUUCAGUUUAAAAAAUAGUAAUAGUAGCUAUAAUUUAAAUAGUAGUAUUGGUGAAUAUAGCAAUCUAAAUAAUAAUAGUACCAGUUUAGCCCGAAGCGCAAGUUGUAGUAGUAUAAGCAGUUGUAAUAGUAAUGAUAUCAAUGGGAGUAGCGGUAGUAGCGGUUGCAACAAUAAAAACAGUAAUAGCUUUUUAAUUAAUAAUGGUAAUAUAACACUUCCACCACCACCAUCAUCAUAUAGAAAUUUAAUUAAAAAGAAAUUAAAUCACCAACAAAUUAUUUACUACUACAUUUAA